AUGCCUGUUCCCGCGCCUGGCUUCCCGGUUUGCCAACGGGUCAUGUUUUUGCCUGCUAAUCCCUACAUCCUACGCCGUGGCGUGUCUGCCUGCGUUCCAAACAGGUGGGCGAUCAUCGUCAAUCCUCCGAUGGACCCGACCUUGCAGCUCGAGGUCUUCGCGGAACACAAAGGCUUACUCUUCUGUACACGGCCGAGUUGGGAAACCCUGAAGGGCGGUUCCCGCCUUGGCCCCGGCUGGACAUCGGAGGUCUCGAUCCUACGCGCAGUGGACGGACACCUCGGACGUCAUAUCGUGGUUUUUCAUUUCAUGCAUGCUAGAACCCUCGAGGGCCUCGGUAAAUGGCAGUCCAACCUUGAUCGUGCCAACCCGUCCGGUGCCCGAUGCAAACCGGCUUCAUGGUUAGAUGGACGCAAGCCCCCGCUGGCUGUCUCCUGCGGGUUCUAG